GGUAUUAUUAAUGCAUACUCAGUGGAAUAUGAGGCACUGAAAAUUGCAGCCAGCAAUUCGUCAAUCAUACAAAAUAUUUCAAUCAACGUGCAACAGUUUGACUUUUCGGAGAGUUCCCAUCUGUUUAAUCAAGGUAUGAUGACUGGGAGUAAUUAAUGCUUUCAAGAACGGUAAAUACAAAUACAAAAAAAUGUUGUAUUGGUAACACACAAAAUAUACGCCAGAAAGCCAGGACCAAAAUCUUUGAGUUAAUUACUGGAAGGUGCAAGCAUUUUUCCCGAUGUUGUAAACAGUCACAUCGUCGAGUUGCGAAGCAGCUAAUGCGUUAAAUAUGUGCAGGAUUAAAGUCUGUAUACCUAUAAUUCUUUUUUGUAAGUUUUUAUGCUGACAACAAGGUCUGUAAACGGAAAAUCGAUGAAGACGAUCAGUUAAAUCUGAAUAAUACUGUUGGACAAUUAAAAUCAGAAUUGUCAUGGGCAAAUUUCUACCGCCUGUGAGUCUCAUUAAGCUUAAGUGACAUCCGAGUUCGACAAAAUAAACCGAGAAAAGAAAGCACUGUUUAAUCACUAGUGUUUGGACCUCACGAAGCUUCUCCUUUGCCGCUUAUUUGCUAAUUUUCAGCAAUAAUAUCUCUUUCAGCGUCAAAUCUUAUUCAACAAAACAUAGCUGUCCUUAUAGAGGGAAGCAAGGCAAAAACCCCAGCAUGUGCCUUCUCUAUAAUAACUGGCAUUCCUCUAAUCAAGCUGCAAGAAAACAGCCAUCCAUUUGAACAAUGUGGAAAUGCAAUAAAGAUGGCAGCGGACUACAGAGACUUUACGCAUGCCUCACUUGAUAUCCUGAGUGCAUUCCAAUGGCAAACGAUUGCAAUAGUAUUUGAUGGUAAAUUUCAGCUUGUGUCUUUAUGGAAUGAUAAUUGUGUUGGUUUGUCUACUCAAAGAACUGCAUUUUAUACAUACAUUAUGUCUGUAUAGCUUGAUGAUAGGAUUUAUAGCUGGUUGCAUAGCAAAGAAAAUUAUCUAAUUUUCUAUGCGGACGUCACGUGUACAAGUGGCUGUAAAAGCCUAACGCCAUUAUAGCAAAAGCUAUUCAAAGAUUUUUUUUGGGGGGGUGGCCGAAUAAAAUAAUAGGGAAAAACUUUAUUUUUCUUUUCUUCUCUUUUUUGAAUCAACAUAAAUUCUAAAACCUACAAAGGAUGAUAUAGGAGAAGUUUCACGUGUACAAGUGGUUGUAAAUGACUAACGCCAUUAUAGCAAAAGCUAUUCAAAGAUUUUUUUUGGGGGGGGGGGGGUGGCCGAAUAAAAUAAUAGGGAAAAACAUUAUUUUUCUUUUCUUCUCUUUUUUGAAUCAACAUAAAUUCUAAAACCUACAAAGCAUGAUAUAGGAGAAGUUUCAAUUUAUCAUAAACAAACUCUCUUACCGGUUUAUUUUUAUUCUGUUUCUUUUUUCCUUUUUCCCAGGAACCAGGUUGAUUCUAGAAAAGCAGAAACAAUAAAACAGAUUUAUCUUCUCUCUUUUUAGAGAAACGUAUGUACCAGGCCAACUAUUUUUACGCGCUGUCUCGAAAAUUAACGGUGCCAGCACUAUCUGUGAACCUAAUCCCUUUUACUGGGCAAGGGAGACCUGAAGAUACAAUGGGAUCUAUUUUGGGAGUGAUGGAUGAAUUAAGAAGUAUUGAGCCCGAAAUAAUUAUGCUCUACGCUACAAGGGAAAGCACUGAACUCUUUCUACAACAGGUGAUAGUCGAUGUAGCUUUAUAUUCCGUGAGCACUAUGAUCUUUAAGGCCCUUGACUUUGAUAAAGAGACAUCCGUCAUGUUAUGUUUAAAUAGCUGAAAAGAUUUUUUGCUAAGACUGUUUUAUGUUUUAUAAGGUAACACAGAAAAUUUUGCAUCGACAGUUGUUAUUUUGCUGUUGUUGUUGUUGUUGUCGUCGUAGAAUAAAGAAUAUCACUUUUUUUUCUUUCACAAAGAAACCAUGCAACCACAAGAAAGAUUUCAAAUGGAUACUUCAGGGAGAGGUAUGAAAAAGGAGAUGUCCAAGUAAGGACCUCAAAGACAUUUAAAGAAGACCGCCAACUCAUCAUCAUCAUCAUAAUCAAUGUCAUCAUCAUCAUCAUUAUUAUCAUAUUCAUUAAAAUGAUCAUCACUAUCAAUCUUGAAUUAAUCAUCACCAUCAUCAUUAACUCAAUCAUCGCGAACGAAAAUAAUCCGGUGGUCAAAACUAAUCUGCGCAAGAAAAAAAAAACUUGUCAACGCAGCACACUGCAUGGAGCGCUUCGAUUUUCAUACAAUUUUUCAGAAAGAGUCUAAGUUAUUGAUCAAUCCUUCUUCAUUUUCCUCAACAUGACGUAAAUAUAUUGUUUGACUUUCAGAUUUCACUAAACUUAAGCAGCCAUGGAAACAAUGUAGUUCUAGCAAUAAAUAUUCCAUACAUCAAAGACCAAGUUUUUGAGGAGAUGGAGAAUAACCUCAAAAUAACCUACAACAAUACCAACAAGGUAUGUCGUGCUAUUCUGUGAUUUUAUACAACCCGUGAGCGAGCGUUCUGUUAGAGAAUCGAAGAUUUAAAUUCUUUACAAAGUUAAUAAGGGCGUUUGAUGUUUUUCUAGUAUCGAUAUGUCUUUACGCACAACCCUAAGCGAUGUCUUUAUAUGAGUAAAAGUGUUGGCUUUCCGAACGAGGCCAAAAUCUACAAUUUCCACCCCUAUGCGAGACGACAAGUACGCACAUCACUUUAUCGGAGUCCCCCCUGCGGUAUCCUAAUUUAUUUCGCUUUGAAAUUAAUAAUGAAUCAAUGAAUGUCGUAUAUAUUCCUGUUUUUCGAUUGAAUUAAUGGAGAGAUGCUUAUUUUUUCAGGGGCUUCUUGCACUAGCUUACGAUUCCGUCCAAGUUCUAAAACAAGCAUUGAACGAACAGCCAUGCUCCUCUAUUAAUGGGACGGCCGUUACUAUGAACGAUACAGCGAAAAUAUUAGCUUGCAUAAGAAAGGUAACCAGCGUUGAAUUAGAUAUUGGAACGUUAUCAUAUGAAAGUCUAAUUCUAAUAAUUCUUUUCCAGACGUUUUACAAAUAUACCCUUAACUGAAUCUUAGUCAGGAUGAAACUGAUUACGACAGUUGGCACUUGAAUCUCAUUCAACUCCAUGUGGCAAUUCACGGAAGCUAUAUUUUUUAGUUAGAUUAGCAAAAAACCCUUGAUACCAUGGGUUAUCUAAGACCAUUACAUUUAUUAAAAGGCAUUUCAAGGCAAGUGAGCUUGACUUCCAAUAGUGAGUUAAAAAUUUUCAUUUAUUAACUAUUCUUAACUGCCCGUCCCUCUAGAUUUUAGUCUCUUAGCUGUCGUCAUUUCUGUGUCUUCACCAAUGACCACUGUGUUUAACAGGUUGACAUGAGUGGCAGAACAGGAAAAGUCAAGUUUGACGAGAAAGGAAGUAGAAAGGAGGUUAAUCUGGAAAUUCUAAACCUACAAAACAAUUCUUUUAAAGGAGUAAGUAUUCUCCAUUGGUUAACUUGCUUAUACGGUGUGCUUGUAAUUGCUAGCAAAACUGCUGGCGUACAAUUUAAAGUAUAUCGCUUGUAUUCAAGAUAUAGUGUGGGAGAGAAUGCAUAAUUAUAUCGUGCAUUGAUUGUUUCUAAGAAAACGGUACUUUUAUAGAAUGAAGCUAAGACAUUUAUUUGUUGUCCGGACCUAGAAUCGUAAUAUUUUGUUUCUUUAUGUAAUAUACUUCUAAGUGUUGUGAAGUAUUUUGAAAGUAAUUUUUAAGACGGAUCUAUCUUAACUUUUGAGUUUAGUUUUUGUUUCAUUAAGUCUUGUUUUUGUCCACGUACUGUUUUCCUGUUUUGAUCUUUUGUUUUACUUGUACUUGAAGUUAUGCUUAGCUCCCGAAUUUACUUAUUGCCAUAUUAGGAAUGUUACAGGUGGUCGUGUUUGUGGUGUUAGAGCUGACCUUCGUUAUUUGGUACCUAUCAGCUGCGGCUGUGCGUAGGCUAGACUAUUCCCUGACAAUAGCAAACCUGUUGCAAUGUUAGCGAUAAGAAAUACAAUGGAAACUCUUCCGGCCAGCUAACCCAAACACGUCCAGCUUUGGCUAUUAAAACCGCUACUAUGCUUGAACUAGUGAGUAGAGAAGAGUAGGAAAAGUAGAGUAGAAGUAGUGUAAGCAGAAGUUGUAAGAAGAUUAAGAAGAAUAAAAGCAAGAUGUAAAUCAGAUUCCUGGUACCUCGUCGUGUAGCGAGCGAGUUGCUCGAACACACCCCCACAUAUUUUGGUGGAGAACCCGUUAUUUUGGAGGAGAACGCGUUAUUUUGGUGAAGAGUCCGGAGUCUGUUUGGAGGAGAACUUUCUUAUUUUGCUGAGCAUGGUUUGGUGUGAGCAAGUGAAGAGUACAAGAUCAGCCCCUGGAAAUCGGUAAGUGCUAAGAACUUUACCAUUGCAAGCAACUGAGAAGUCAUAUGUAGCAUAAGAGUUAUAUUUAAAACAGAAUAAUAAUGCCAAAGUCUCGUUUUUAAGUAAUGAAUAGGCCCGUUGUUGAGUUUCCACUAUUUUAUGGCGACGAGAGAGAAGAUGUUCGUGAGUUUCUUGGCAAUUAUAGACGCGCCGGUUUGUUAAAUGGUUGGGAUGAAGAAAAAUUAGCGCUUGGUCUUCCCCUUUUUCUAAAAAAACACGCUAGCGUGUGGUUUAAAACUUUAACAGAAGCCGAUGAAAAUGAGUCGUUUCAAGUUUUGUCUCAAAAAUUAAUUUCUCAUUUUGAAUCAAAAGUAACUCUAUGGCAGUUGAGGCAAAAAUUAGAAGAACGUCGUCAGUUGUUAGGGGAGACUGUUGCCGAUUAUUAUUACGAUAUUCUUUCAUUCUGCUCCCGUCUAAAUUUACCUGAAAGUGAAUGGCUUUAUUGUUUUGUACGUGGUUUAAGGCCUGAAAUAAGUGAACAUGUUAUUUUACAACAACCGCCUGAUUUGGAGUCUGCAUUGAACAUUGCAAAACUUAAAGAGUUAGUAACUCUUAGCCGUAAAUCAAAUAAUGGUCAAGAAGUCGAGAAUUUUGAAGAAUUACAGUCUAACCCCUCAGAAGAGGAAGUCAAACAGUCUGUCGGGGAAGAAUUUAAUGUUUGUAGUACAGAUGUCCAAAAUAAUGGAAAUCGUCGUAUUAAUCGUAAAUUUCGAUCGGGCAAACUUAAUCGUUUUCGUUAUGGGGGCAGCGUUUUCAGAAAGAAUCCUAAAUUGGGCAGUUAUAGAAGUUCGAAACCCAACUUUAGAGGCCUGUAUCGGAGAAACAAUAUGAAGAAUGCUCUUCACCAGGGUAAAAUGGGCGCUCAGUUAAACUGGCUGGCGCCCCUAUCGUGUGUGGUAGUGAACCCUUGAUGGGGGCGCUUGAAAAUUCUACAAGUAAUAACCAUUCUUCCGUCGGAUCUAGUUCUGAUAAAUGUGCUUUCAGUAACUCUGGAAAUUCGGCCGAGAAUGUUACUAAAAAGAAUGUUCAAGAGUUUAGCCAUGUUUUGUCUAAUCCCUGUGAGCCUAUUGUUACGCCAAAGUCUAAAAUGUUUAAACCUCAAGUUUCCGUCACAUGUCAACAUGAGUGUUCUCAAGGCUGCCAACCUCAAGAUGUCCCUAAUGAAAAUAUUAUGUUUGGAGUUAUUAAGUGUCUUUCUCAGGUCAUAACAAAAUUUGAUAGUGUAAUUGCUGGGUCAUCGCCAAAUGAAAAAGAAAAUGGUCAUUCGCCACAUGUACCUAUGUUUUCCCCUAAAAGUGAAGUCAUUUAUGAGAAGUCUUCAAGUGAAAAUUUAUCUCGAGACGUCCGUAAAGAAGAAAUUAAAAAAGAUGAACAGUUGGCGCCUGAGUCUAAAAAUGAAGAAAAUUUUGAAGUAAAUAUCGUUGGGGCUAAAAAUAAUGUUUGUAGUGAGUGUCGUGGCUUAUCUGUCGCAAGUAGCCCAGAGACAGGGGCAUAUGUGACUGAUGUGACUGACAGGGUUUCUUUGCCUGUCACGUCCAGUAAAAUUGAUUCUAUUCAUCCUUUCGAGAGUGACAAUUUUAAUGUAAGUGUAACAAUAAAGGGAAAUAGUUGUCGUGCUCUCCUUGACACAGGAGCAGCUGUAACAGCAAUUAGUUCUCAAGUUUGGGACAAGUAUCUUAGUCACGAAAAUUGUUGUUUAAAUUCCUUGUCGACCUGUUGUGUAACGACUGUAAGUGGUUCUUCUCUUAGCGUUCUUGGUAAAGUAUGGCUCAAUUUUGUUAUUAAGUCUGGUGUUUUUCCUUUUGAAGCCUAUGUUAUCAAAGAUUUAACUCAUGACGUUGUUUUGGGCAGAGAUUUUCUUCAAAAACAUUGUUCGAGAAUUGAUUUUAUGGAGAACAUCAUUGAAUUUUCCCACCCCGAGGAUCCCCUCCCCUUUGCUGAUUGUUUUGGUGAUGAUUUGGAUGCUGAAGUUUUUGAUCAAUGUAUUUUGUCAGUGCAUGCUGAUAAUUCUUUUACUAUUCCCGCUCAAUCAGAAGUCGUUGUCAUUGGUAGAUUAAGUUCAAUGCCGAAAGGUGUAAACACAAGUGCCAGUGAAAUUUAUGGAUUGGUCACGCCUAAGUCUGAUUUGCCUCACCGUUACUCAGUUUUUGGAGCGUCAGAGCUCGUAAAGGUUUCUAAUGAUGCAACUAUUCCUGUUAGGAUGGUAAACCCUUCCGCUCAACCAGUUAAAAUUUUUCGUAGGACUAAAUUGGCAGAUUUUGAGCGUGUUGACAAUGACGUAGCAACAUUUGAGAUUGGCAAAAAUUCCCCUUCUUCGGAUGCUCAACAUAAUUCUUCAGAUGAUCUGCAACAGCCAAAAGAUUAUUCAGAGUUUCCUGAUUUGUCGAAUAGUAUUCUGAAUGAUGAUGAGAAAGUAAAAUUUAAGAAUUUGUUUAAUAAAUAUCGUAAUGUUUUUGCUUUUCCUGGGGAUCAGUUGGGUAGAACAUCCCUUGUACAGCAUGUCAUUGAUACCGGUGAUGCUAUGCCUAUUAAGCAAAGGCCGUAUAGAGUAUCUCCUGAUGUUAAGAAAGAGAUUGACCGUCAGGUGGAAGAAAUGCUUGAAAAAGGAAUAAUUCAAGAGUCUGUCUCUCCUUGGAGCUCUCCAGUUGUUUUGGUAAAAAAGAAGGAUGGGUCAUUUAGAUUUUGUGUUGAUUUUCGUAAAGUUAAUAAAGUCACUAAAGUAGAUAGCUUUCCAAUGCCUUUAGUUGCUGAUGCGCUAGAUUCUUUAGCUGGUGCAAACGUGUUUUCCGUGUUGGAUCUAAAAAGUGGUUUUUGGCAAAUACAAAUGCAGAAGGAAUCGCAACAAAAGACAACCUUUUCUACUCACAAUGGCCUUUAUGAAUUUCUCACAAUGCCGUUUGGAUUAGUGAAUUCAGGAGCCAGUUUUCAGAGGUUUAUGGGUCAUAUUUUGAGAGGCUUAGAAUACCGUUUUGCUUUGAUUUACAUCGAUGAUAUAAUCAUUUUCUCUAAGUCUGUAGAUGAGCAUUUAAACCAUUUGGAGGAAGUUUUUAGGAGAUUGCGUGACGCCAAUGUUAAGUUAAAUCCAAAGAAGUGCAGUUUUGUUAAACAAAGAGUAGAGUAUCUUGGUCACGUAGUUACGCCAGAAGGCAUUAGUCCCAACCCAGACAAAGUAAGGGUGGUUCAGGAAUACCCCACCCCCACAAAUCUGAAGGAAUUGAGAAGUUUCUUAGGCCUUGCUAAUUAUUACAGACGUUUUGUAAGAGGUUUUUCACAUAUUGCCAACCCUUUGAAUGCUUUGACAAAGAAGAACAUUCCUUUUGUUUGGACUGUAGCUUGUGCUGAGGCUUUUGACCAGCUUAAGCGUGCCUUAGUUUCUGCACCCAUUUUGGCAUAUCCUAAUUUUCGGGAACCAUUUUUGCUAUUUGUUGAUGCUAGCUCCACUGGUAUUGGUUUUACCUUGGCACAAAUUCAAAAUGGAAAAGAAGUAGUCAUUUCUUACAGUGGUCGUGGUUUGAAUCAGGCAGAGCAAAAUUAUAGUACCACAGAAAGAGAAGCUCUCGCAUUAGUUGAGGGUAUUAAGAAAUUUCAGCCCUAUUUACAUAAUCAUAAGUUUACUGUUGUUACUGAUCAUAGUUCUCUUCGUUGGUUAAUGAAUGUUAAAGAUGCCUCUGGUCGUCUUGCUAGAUGGGCCUUACUUUUGCAACAAUAUGACUUAAAUAUUGUUCAUCGCCCUGGUAGAAUCCAUGGUAAUGCUGAUUGUUUGUCUAGACGUCCUUAUGAUUCUUGUGAAAUGAGUUCGCUUAAGAAAGAACCUCAAACGCCCCACACUCAAGAAAUGCAAAGAAGAGAUCCUGAAUUAGCUGUAAUGAUUGAUUUUCUAGAGAAUGAUAUCCUACCUACUAACGAUAAAGAUGCACGCAAGAUUUUACUCACUAGCGAUAAUUUUUAUAUUGGUCAAGAUGCUUUGCUUUACCACAUUGAUUUUAAUCGAAUGCGUAAUGCUCGUGAGUCUUUUUCUCAGCUUGUUGUCCCAGCUGCAUUACGUUUUGAAAUUCUCUCUAAUGUACAUGAUCAUAUUGCCGGAGCUCAUUUUGGUUUGAACAAAACUUUUACUAAACUUAAGCAAAGAUACUGGUGGAAAGGUAUGUUUAAAGAUGUAGAACAUUGGGUCAAGUCUUGCGUUGAGUGUUCAAUGAGGAAGUCUCCACGAAAUUCGAAAAAGGCACCUUUACUUCCGAUUCCAGUCGAGGGUGCAUUUGACAGAGUGGCUGUUGAUGUUUUAGGUCCUUUUCCACCUUCUAGUAAAGGCAGUAGGUAUAUUGUAGUUUUUAGUGAUUAUUUAACUCGUUGGGUCGAAGCAUUCCCAGUGCCUAGUGUCGAAGCAACUGUUAUUGCACGUCUUUUGAUUGAUGAAAUUAUUUCUAGACAUGGGGCACCACGUGUAUUGCUCUCUGACAGGGGGACUAACUUUUUAUCUAAGGUCAUUGCAGAAGUUUGUAAAAUAUUUCAAAUUCAAAAGGUCAAUACUUCUAGUUAUCACCCACAGACCGAUGGUCUUGUAGAAAGGUUUAAUUCUACCUUGUGUCAGUCUUUGUCAAUGUACGUUUCCAAAAACCAGAAAGAUUGGGACGAGUUUAUACCGCUUGUUUUGUUUGCGCAUAGGACUUCUGUUUUAGAUGCAAUUGGGGAUUCUCCUUUUUACGUUCUUUAUGGGCGAGAGCCACGCUUGCCAAUUGACGUUAAGUAUUUGCCUCCUGCGGCUGAUGAUUUGAGUACUUCGGUCCUUGACUAUCGAAAACGUGUUGUCGAAAAAGUCGAAUUGGCUCAAAAUUUAGCGAGAGAAAAUUUACAACGUGCACAACAAAAAAUGAAGGAUUAUUAUGAUCAAAAGACAAAACAACCUGUUUUUGAAGUUGGACAACGUGUUUGGGUUUAUACCCCGAGAACUAGAAAAGGGUUAUCCAAAAAGUUAAUGCAUAAUUGGUUGGGUCCAUACAGAAUUGUUGAGAAAUUGUCACCGGUUCACUUUAAGUUGCGCACGACCACCAAUAAAAAAGUUGCUUUUUCGUGUCACGCAAAUCGUAUGAAGCCAUUUGUUGAUCCUAAUUUGAGACCAAUUGACCCUCCGCCUUUUGAUGACCCUGCCGAGCAGUACAUUAAUGAAUCUGAUAUUCCAAAAGAUUGUUUUGAGUAAAGUUCUGCUGAACUGAAUCCUAAAGACACUGACUUAAAUCCAGUAAGUAUUGAGACGCAAUUGUCCCCACAGCCUCAAAAAGAGAACGAGUCAAACAAAGAAUCAUAUCGCGAAAAGACAAAGAAUCAACUUCAAAAUGCAAAAGAAUCAACUCCGGAAGCAAUUGUUAUUGACAAUGAAACUGUAUUUAGUGCAGAAAAAAUUCUAAAACAUCGAAAGAGAAAUGGAAAGGUCGAGUACUUGGUCAAGUGGCUCUUCUUUCCUAAGAGCCAAUCAACGUGGGAACUGGAACACCAUAUUUUGGAUAGACGUCUCAUUGAUAAUUAUCUUCAAUCACAAAAAUAAUUUUAGUUUUUGUACUCUGCCUUGCUGCUUGGCUUAUAUUUCUUUGAUUUUCUCUUACCCAUGAAUUGAGUUCGGUAAUACCCAAAAUAUUCUUGUCCAUGAAUUUAUGAACGCCUUCUCCCCGUUUAUCAAGUCUGUCAAUAAUCUUUUUGUAAGUUGUUAUUUACAUUAUAUCAUGAAUUUGAUAAGUUUUUGAAGUCAGAACUUCACCAUCUGUUAUUAGUCAGUUUUCCAUUAGUGUCUGAAGUGUUGUUAUAAACACAGCUAUUAAGUUCUUCAUUAAGCAAGUUGAGUAGUUGUUCAAUGGUCAGUAUCAAGUUAUGCGCACCUGAAAUUAUUGCAUCUAAUGUCUUUUUAAAAUCUUUUGAUCUAUUAGCUUCUAUAUUCAUGUUUUGUUUCUCUGGCUAGUUUGAUUAACUUGUUUGUGUAAAAUAGUUAUUAUAACCUUAGACGUCGGAAAUUAGAUAAUUAGAUAUAUUACGUGCUUUGUAAUAGAUAUUUUGCAAAGUUGCUUGCAUUGGUAUUUCGUCAUGUAUUCAAUCACCGAUUCUUCUGUUCUUCUUCGAUGGCUUUUCGGUGAAUUUUCGUCGCUUUUGAACUACUGAAAUGGAUCUGAGCAUUACUCGAUUGUUUGUCUCCAAGAAGUCUAAACACACUUUGAUUACUCCGCAUGGCAUUGGCUACUCUGUUUAGUCGAGUUUGACCCCUUCUUUGUUACAGUUAAGCAGAACUGUUCUUGUUGAUACUUAUCACUGGUCAGUACAUCCUGUCUUCAUCAGACGAGUUCGCUUCAUUUGGAGCUGUGUUUCAUAACAAGAAUUAUCAGUGAUUUACAAACAAGAUAGCCUUGUCUUCCAAGUAUGCGUUCUCCGCUACAUUCAAGUUGAAAUGGCAUUUCUAGCUACCGUAUGUAUGCUAAUACAGGAUGAUUUAUGCUGUUAAUUCUCAAGGUUUUCAAGUGGUUCUCUUUUCAAGUCCUUCACAAGAACACUGUCAUCAAUUUAUUUAGCUCAAGUUUUCAAGUCUCAAGACUCAAGAACAAUGAAUUGAACACUCAACUAUUGACAUUGAACUGUUGACAUUGUUUAAAUUAACCUUGUGUAGUGUGGUAGUUUUGUGUUGAUAUUUAACGCACUUGUUUCCCAUUUAUAUGUAUUACGUCCUUUUGCAUCGAGGACGAUGCUUUUUCUAAGGGGGGAGGAAUGUUGUGAAGUAUUUUGAAAGUAAUUUUUAAGACGGAUCUAUCUUAACUUUUGAGUUUAGUUUUUGUUUCAUUAAGUCUUGUUUUUGUCCACGUACUGUUUUCCUGUUUUGAUCUUUUGUUUUACUUGUACUUGAAGUUAUGCUUAGCUCCCGAAUUUACUUAUUGCCAUAUUAGGAAUGUUACAGGUGGUCGUGUUUGUGGUGUUAGAGCUGACCUUCGUUAUUUGGUACCUAUCAGCUGCGGCUGUGCGUAGGCUAGACUAUUCCCUGACAAUAGCAAACCUGUUGCAAUGUUAGCGAUAAGAAAUACAAUGGAAACUCUUCCGGCCAGCUAACCCAAACACGUCCAGCUUUGGCUAUUAAAACCGCUACUAUGCUUGAACUAGUGAGUAGAGAAGAGUAGGAAAAGUAGAGUAGAAGUAGUGUAAGCAGAAGUUGUAAGAAGAUUAAGAAGAAUAAAAGCAAGAUGUAAAUCAGAUUCCUGGUACCUCGUCGUGUAGCGAGCGAGUUGCUCGAACACACCCCCACAUAAGUAUAAAGAAGCUAACAAUUGCGAUUCUAGGCCUAGACUCUGACUAGGCCUGGCGAGUCAGUUUAAGGCUUAAGGUAAUUAUUUUCCGUUUUCCUUAAGAACAGCACAAAACAUAUUUUUAUAGAACAUCUUUACCCAGCACAGUAUUUGCUUGUCUGAGAGUUAUUUAUUAUAUGAACUAGCAACAUUAAUUGAAUGAUCAUGAUAAUUAAACUCCAUUGUCGCUCGUAGAUAGGUACGUGGAAUUCAACGACAGGUGUUACGAUGUUUGGAAAUAUUUUACGUAACUCAAAACCUUCAUCUACUGCAGAAACUUUGGAAGGGAAAAAGUUGAGAGUUGUCAUAGUGGAGGUAAAAAAGCCUUUAAUUAAGACUGUGAUUACGAGAUUAGCUAUGGGUGCAAAAAAUGAAUAACAUAACACAACAAAUUCGAAGCAAAUGCUUAAGUCCAGGGCCCAGUUGUUCGAAGGCCGAUUAGCGCUUAACCCGGGGUUAAAUUUAACCCAGGUUUCUUUUUCUUGAGUUCAAAAGCAUUUUCUCGGAUAAUUUUCUGUGCUAUUUUUAGAGCUUCUGUGAGAUGACGUAAUUGCAAUUUAGAGAACUCGUGACCUGUGUCACGUGACUUGUAAGAUCUUCGACAGCGUGCGACAUGGAAAAGGUUUUAAAAAGUGCGGAAAGGGUUAAAAAAACACUGUAACUGUCUGGACUUUGGGUCCAUUACUUCCAGCAUAUUAAAGCGUUGUUUAAAAUCAGUCGUUCGAGCCUGGCAACAUUUUGGCGACCCUGCCAGGACGAACAGUUCGUGUGGAAAUUCGUACUCACAAACAGAUGUGAUCGAAGGAAAUUACCGAUCGACUGCUUGGCUUGUGUAUCAUCUUCUGCGGUGGAAUAUAUGUUGUUGAUUCUGUGACAAGAAAGGUCUUACGGUAGUCGAAACAACCAAGAUGAAUUCAGAGCUCGAAGAACUGCAACUUCAAGUUGAGGGAGGAAUUUGUAAGCUCCCGAUAUCGGAAAUGGAGCAGCUAGCGGAGCACGUGGGCCUGGAAUCAAAGGAAUACAAAGGGAAAAGUAAGCUUGCCAUGUCACGGAUCGUUCGUUCGAAAGUCGAGGAUGAGCUUGGAAAAGCCGAAGACAAGACUGAGUAUCUCACAGCACUCCAGAAUUUUAUCUCUGGGACACCACCACCACUCGAAGAAUCAUCGAACAGCGAGGAUCAAAACAAAGAAUCGGUGAAAGCACUAAUGACGGAAUACGAAACUCUACGUAAACAAUUCGAGGCAAUGAUGGCGUCUUGCAAAAAGAAAAUGGAGGAGGCAUCGGUAAAAUUCGAGGACGAAAAAUCGACUACGCCAGCUGCUACAACUUCAAAGCCAAAGGAAGGUAGCGUAGUGUCACUUGUAGAUGUAAAAACUGCUCUUCGGAGAGAUUUUAAGAUUGUGGGUGUCAUUGGAGGGGAGGAACAGAAGGACCGGUUGUCCUUCGUCAGUUUAAUUCGCCAGAUUGAUACAGGGCUAGAGAAAGCAUACAAAGAACGGGAGAUUAUUGACGGUGUUAUCCGUGCUAUCAGCCCCAGCUUAAAGUUAAGGUCAUACUUAGAAACCAUGAAGGAACUUACCCUGCCGAAAUUAAGACAAAUGUUACGAGCCCAUUACAAACAGAAGUCGGGCACGGAACUAUACCAAGAACUAACAACCAUGUGCCAGUCACCAAAGGAAAGAGAAAGGAUGUUACUGGCGAUGGCAUGUAUGUUAGUCACCUAACACCGAAUCAACACGCCAAAGUAGUUAAAUUGGUGGGAAAGAGAUGUAUGGUUCAGUGUGUUAUGAACAAUGUUCAGACUGAAGCUCUGUGGGACACCGGUGCCCAAGUUUCUAUUGUUUCUAAGGAUUGGGUUGCUCAGAACCUGCCCACAGCUGAGAGACGCCAAAUUAACGAACUGUUAGAUAAAGGACUUGAUCUGAAAGCUGCCAAUGGUAGUGAAAUCCCAUAUGAAGGCUGGAUUGAAGUUUCAUUCAAACUUGCGACCUCGGACGACAAACCUGGUAUGUCAGUACCCUUCCUGAUUUCUACGGAUCCUUUGGACCACCCUAUUGUCGGAUACAAUGUCAUUGAAGAAAUUGUUAAAAACCCGGAUAGUCAUUUUCGUAACAGCCAUGAAGAGACACUACUCAGCGCCCUUAACUCUAGCCUUCCGAAUGCAAAGCAAGAGAAUGUUGAAGCUUUGAUUAAUCUCAUUAGGACAACCACUCCAAGUGAACUGUGUAGCGUGAAAGUAACGAAAAGAGAUGUGUUAGUUCCGAAGAAUGAGACAAUGGUAGUCACUUGCUCCGCGAAUACUGGCCCAAUCGAAUCAAGAUUUCCAGUAUUGUUCGAACCAGAUGUUGAGUCACCUUGGCCAUCAGGGCUUGAAGUCCCAGAAACAUUAGUAACGCUCAGAGGUGGCGCUUCAUCACGAGUUGGCAUUCAAGUGAGAAAUAUCACAGACCAUGACAUCAUCUUGAAAAACAGGACGGUAUUAGGCAAACUUGAACUAAUUAAAUCCGUAACACCGCUUGAAGUACGGGAGAGAGAGGAGGAGGAAAGUUCAGCAGACUGUGUUCUUCAUGCAGACAAGUUAUUGGCAGAGGAUGAACAGCAGAGAAGGAAACCUCAAGCGCCUGUUAUGCAGGGAUGUCAAAGUGAGACUAGUAAUCCACUUCCAGAUGUGGAUUUAGGAGACCUGUCAAGAGAUCAGAAAACUGUAGUAUUGAACAUGUUAAGAGAGGAAGCAGACUCCUUUUCGAAAAAUGAUGAGGAUGUAGGGUGCGCAGAAGGUCUACAGCUCAAUAUUAACUUGUCAGACAGUCGUCCAGUUCAGAAGAACUACACAGCAGUGCCAAAGCCCUUGUACCCAGAAGUUAAACAAUAUGUUGAAGAUUUACUCAAUCGUGGAUGGGUGCGGAAGUCUCGUUCGGCAUACUCGUCACCAGUGGUAUGUGUUAGGAAAAAGGAUGGUUCUCUGCGACUAUGUGUGGACUUUCGUGAGCUGAACAAGAGAACAGAACCCGACCGACACCCACUUCCACGUGUAAAAAAACGACGAUCGAGAAUUUGGGGAAACAAGUGGUUUCUCUUUUAGACCAAGGCAAGGCUUACCACCAGGGAUUUGUUAACCCUCAGUGCCAACAUAUGACUGCAUUUGUGACGCCUUGGGGUCUUUACGAGUGGGUUCGGAUCCCGUUCGGUCUCAGGAACGCUCCGGCAGAAUUUCAAAGAUACAUGGAAAACUGUCUAGACGGACUCAGGGAUAAUAUUUGUGUGCCUUACCUGGACGAUGUGAUUGUCUUUAGUAAGACUUUCGACGAACACGUAGAAAAUUUACGAACAGUUUUGCGGAGGCUGCGUUCACAUGGAAUAAAGCUUAAAGCCAAAAAGUGCAAGUUGUUUCAGAGAGAGGUUAAUUAUCUGGGCAGAGUUGUAUCGGCAGAUGGAUAUCGAGUUGAUCCUUCAAACACCAAAGCGGUUCUUGCACUGAAAGAAACUAGUCCGAAAACGGUUGGAGACGUCCGGAAACUCUUGGGCUUGUUGGGAUACUACCGCAGGUACAUCCAGGACUUCUCGAGGGUUGCGCAACCGCUAUUCAAACUCCUGAAAACACCAGAGAUUAAUGGUAAGAGACCUCCGAUGGAAACAGCAAGGCGUGGUCAGAAAGGACAUGGGACACAAGCACAAUCUAACCGUACCAUCUAUUGGACACAGGAACACCAAGGGGCGUUGGAGAGACUUUUGGACUGUCUUGUUAACCCGCCAAUCCUCGGAUACCCGGAUUAUAGCCUUCCAUUUGUUCUGCACACAGAUGCGUCGAACGACGGCCUUGGCGCAGUACUUUAUCAGCGCCAGUCUGGAAUCAUGCGUGUAAUAGGAUACGGAUCCAGGACCCUUACCCCCGCUGAGAGAAACUACCACCUUCACUCUGGGAAAUUGGAGUUUCUAGCUUUGAAAUGGGCCAUCUGUGAACAGUUUAGGGAUUACUUGUACUAUGCGCCAUCAUUUACAGUUUACACUGACAACAACCCCCUAACCUAUGUUUUGUCCACUGCUAAACUUAAUUCAACCGGACAUCGCUGGGUGUCAGAACUUGCAGAUUACAAUUUUGAUAUCAAGUAUCGGCCCGGUAAAGUGAACAAGGAUGCUGACACAUUGUCAAGAUUUCCUUUGGAUAUCAACCAGUACAUCCCUAGCUGUACCCAGGAGACAUCGCAGGAGGUGAUCAGUGCGACAUUGUCUGGUAUAAUGGCACUACAGGAUGGUGGGACGGUUUGGAUAACCGCGGUCAGUGACAGGACUGAGAUGUUGAACUUUGAUUCUGAUCUUCUCGAUUUCAGUAAAUAUGACAAGAUUGAGCCCGCGUUAUUCUGGAAAGUCAGCAGCGAGAUCCAAGUAUUGGCAGAGUGUUGGCAUACAAAUUAAAUGGACACAAACCGGCAGCCCAUGAAAUUUGUAAAGAACGCCUGUACACCAGAAAGUUGCUGCGUGAAUGGCCAAAGUUGGAGGUUGGAAAAGAUGGGCUUUUGAGAAGAAAGUGUGGAGAGUAUUUACAGUUGGUGCUGCCGAAGACAUUCCACUCAUUGGUGUACAAGGAGUUACAUCAGGAGAUGGGUCAUUUGGGGGUGGAGAGAGUGCUACAAUUAGCUCGUGAGAGGUUUUACUGGCCCUACAUGCAGCGUGACAUUACUCACUUUGUGACUCGGGUGUGCAGUUGUCUGAAGCAAAGGCGACCAAAUAUCUCCACUCGUGCUCCUCUCCAACCUAUUGUCACAAAUGCACCGUUUGAGUUAAUAUCCAUAGACUAUCUGCACCUGGAAAGAAGCUCCGGCGGUCACGAAUACAUUCUGGUCAUCGUUGAUCACUUCACACGAUUCGCACAAAGUCGUCCCCAGCGUGUCCGUCAUCCGCCAAGAAUGUUUACAUACGAUACACUGGGAGAGCCAACUAUCUGUGGUGUCCGGGCCGCUUCAAACCCUGUCCCUGGAUGGUGCUGUCAACCAUUCCAAUCACCCUGGAUACAACCUAUGUUUCAGUACCCUGCACAACCAUAUUAUGGUCCUCUGGCAUACCCACCCUGUAUACAGAUGAUUCAUGUGUAAUUUGCAUGCACAUAUUGACUGCCCAAGACUCUCAUUGACGUUGUUGUUGAACUGAUUAUUUAAUUACCUGCCUUUUGUGCUGUUGUGCCUUUCAAACAGGCGCAUGAAUGAUAUUGUUAUCAUGGAACUAUGACUGUGCCUAGUCAUUUAUUGAAUCACGUGCGAACAGGGAUAGGUUUUGAUUACGUAUUUGCAUAAGUUUUGUUGUAUAAAAUACCGGAGUAAUGCAUGAGAUUUGUUGGGAGGCGAGAACUCCACUGAACAUUGUAACAAAUGUCACAGAGGACAUUUUUAAAGUCGGGGAGUGUGUGAGAUGACGUAAUUGCAAUUUAGAGAACUCGUGACCUGUGUCACGUGACUUGUAAGAUCUUCGACAGCGUGCGACAUGGAAAAGGUUUUAAAAAGUGCGGAAAGGGUUAAAAAAACACUGUAACUGUCUGGACUUUGGGUCCAUUACUUCCAGCAUAUUAAAGCGUUGUUUAAAAUCAGUCGUUCGAGCCUGGCAACACUUCCAAUCAUCAACUUGUAGACAAAAAGAAUUAAAACUGAAAUGCUUUCUAAGCUUUCAUAUCUGAAUUCAAAUAUCGCACUAACCCUGGGUUAUCUUAACCCAGUUUUGAACAACUCGGCCCUGGGGGAUUAACUUGUAUGUCCUUGAGUUGAGGUAUGUUUAGUAUCAUGUUAUGAAGCCGGGGGUUAAUUAAUCAUACAAAUUGACGUUUCUAUUUCUUUUCCUUCUCCAAAACAGAACGAACCUUUUGUUAUGAAGAAACAAGAUGGUGACAGCGUAUGGUAUGAAGGGUAUAGCAUCGAUCUUUUCAAAGAACUGGCAAAAAUUCUCAAGUUUACAUAUGAGUUCUACCCUACGCCUGACGGAUAUUAUGGCGCUAAAACGGAAAAUGGAACAUGGAACGGAUUGGUUGGGGAGCUCAUAGGAAAGGUAGAUUAUUUUGUUUAUGAAAAUUUAUACCCAAAAGAAUGUGAUACCAGGGUUGAGACUUCAGAAACGAGCACUAGACGACCCUUGGGAGGGGAGUACUUGGAUUAAUUUUUGCUGGCUAUGCGCCGCUGGCCUCUCAGAAUCCCUAGCCCAUUACAGUCUGAUUUUCAAUUUUUUUCAGAUUCAGGUUUUUUUUUAUAUUUAUUGCACUAUUUCAAGAGUUUACUAUGAAACAAAUUACAAUACACUACAAAUUAAAAUUAAAAAAACAUUAAAUUAGUACAUAAAUCUAUUCUGUGGCCAUAUCAGAGACCCCAUUUUAGUCACUUUAGGAAAAAAAAAAGUAAUUUUUGCAAUCCCAACUUAGUCACUUUCUGUUUAUGCAUCUACCUCACAAUUAGCCUUCUAGCUAGGUCAUCCUAAAAUGAACUGGCACAUUUGUUAAACUGACUGUGGUGUAAAUCUUUCGAUUUCUAAAUCCCUUAAUAAUGAAUUUUCUGACCCCCAGAAUCCUCAAAAUGACUGCAACCCCAGUCUAGUAACUCGUAUAAAAACGCCAUAAUAGUCAACCCAGGCGUGAAAAGGAGACCCCAUCCCGCGGCACAUAGCCAUUAGCCUACUACUAGGUAGACACCUCCCGGAUAGACAACCUAGACCGAAAUUGGUUACUAACAGAACAUGGAAAUAACAAUAAGUGAGCUCCAUGAGCUACUCUAAAAUUCAGAGAGAUACAGCCUCUACUCUUUUAUUAUUGGUUUAGAACGAUUAUUUGGCCUCGAAAGAUGAAUUUUCCAAAUAUAGCUUGGAAGUCCUAUAUGCUGUCGUGACCCACUGCCCUCUAAGGGAGAUAGAGGUCUGGCGCGAGGUUCCUUCGUAACAACAUUUUCAUUAACAGGACUUGCCUCUUUUUUUUUCUCCUUAGAAAGCUGAUGUUGUCGUAGCUUCACUAACUGUCACCGAACUUAGGGCGAAGGUGGUGGACUUCACUGUCCCAUUCAUGUUUUACACUAAUGAUAUUUUAAUGAAAAAAUCCUCAAAGGAACACCACGAUUUGUUGCAGUUCAUGAGCCCAUUUCACAAUAGCGUUUGGUUCUGUACUUUGGGCACGCUGGUUCUAAUUUCUGUAGCCGUGUUUGCAAUAAACUACUACAGUCCUUAUGGGUACAAAGACGAAAGUGGCCAUAGAACCUCGGAUGAGUUCAGCUAUUUCAAUAGUCUGUGGUUUGCUGUGGCCUGUAUGCUGCAACAAGGCGGUGAUAACACGCCACGAAGCCUAUCAGGUUUUUUCUCCUUCUCGUUCUUGUUGUUGAUUGCUUUAAAUUUGUAUCCGGCUAUAGCUAAUUUAACCCACGGAAAAUAUGCACAAUAUGAUACCUGAUAAUAAUGACAAGUACCUAGUUUCUUUGAUGGCGCUCAACUGUGGCAAUCAACAUCCUCAACAAUACUUUAGUUCAGUGUUGUGAAGAAAAGGCAACUCCCUUACUGCGAUCUUAAGCAACUGAGAAGGGCAAAAUACAAAAUUAAAAAGCAUGGACCUUCGCUUGGUCUGUUUAUAAGGCUGAUUCAACAAUAUAUAUUCCUUUUAUUUUAGGCCGAAUUCUGACCGGAUGUUACUGGUUUUGCAUUUUGAUCUGGGUCUCAACGUACACUGCCAAUCUGGCCGCCUUCUUUACCGUGAAAAACGCGGAGCGCCCUAUUAACAACCUGAAAGACCUGGCAAAGUCAAAUUAUGAAGUUGGAGUCGUUCAUUCAGGUUCAACUUACCAGGCUUUUAAAGAAAGCCAAUACGAGACACACAAAACGAUUUGGCAUAGGAUGGAGGCUGCAAAUACCUUCCUCCCCAGCAUAGCUGAAGGUGUUCAAUGGGUCAGGGAAAGGGAGAAAUUUGCUUUUAUUUCUGAAGGACUCACUCUCAGGCAUGCGGCUAAGAAGCCACCUUGCAACCUUAAAACAGGUAACUAUUUCACAUUCGUUGAAAGAAAUAGUCUGUUAAAUUAAGAAACUUUAGUCCUUAUCGCAUUACCUGAGUGCAUGUGAAUAUUCAUUCAAAACUGUAACUCAACUCCAAUAGACUGCUAUAUACCAGCAAGUCAUGAUAAUUUUAUCAGCUUGAUGUCAAACAACUAGAGAAUCCUUAGUAUAAUCGGCCCUCUCAACUUAUUGUAUUCUAUCGUAUCUAGUAUUUUCCUUACAAAAACAAUUAUCUAUCACACUUAAACCUAACUUGUUUCCUUUUCCUUAAUAAAAAAAAGUUUGAUAGAGUCGCUUCUUUGUAGUAACUAUUGAAUUAGUUAUUAUGAAAAAAAGACACACUGUGCAAAAAUAGUUGGCAGUUUUGCCAGGGUCACUCGCAUAUAAGAGGUAUAAGGUCAUGAAAGCCACCCUGACAAAAUAAAAGAUAUGGAAAAUGCAUGUUCGAGGCCAUGUACAACCAAGAUUGCCAUGGCUACACAACCAUUUCAUUAUUACCUUAGUUUGUUUGUUUGUUUCUACAAAUGGCUUCUGUUUGUUAGUUCCAGGUUUAAGUUCAACCAGUGGGUUAGCGUUCGCUCUUCAAGCAAAUGAUCCUCAUACCAGGGAAUUUACGCUAGCCAUUCUACGUCUUCAAAGGACUCAUGUUCUCGAGGAUUUGUAUCGAAAAUGGUGGCAAACAUCUAACAGUUGUGUCGAUGAAGAGAAUACACGUAAGAAGAAGUUGAUGGAGUCUGAGAGAAUUUCGUGCCUUAUUUCCAAAAGAGAAAUGAGGUAGCACCGGUGUUAAAUCAGGCUAAUUCGAAAAUUGGCAAACUUUUGUUAGGCUCAGAACUUGAUAAUGACAACCCUUGUAAGGAAAAUCGAUAUUACAGACUGGUAUUCAACAGAUCGAUUCCCUUUUUUAUUUCGUCAGUUUACCUGGCGAUACAUAGGCAUUCAUGAUAGGUCAAACAAUAAUUAUUGGCUAAGUUAACAAGACAAAUUGAUUCUUUAGAGCCAUAGGCGUACGGGCAGUUUUCGGCCAGGAGGGGGGGAAGGGGGUAAACCAUUUGCCCAAAAAAUUCUUGCAAGUUGCCCAAAUUUUUACAAAACAGUCGAAAAGAAACGAGGGCCGUACGAUGCAACAACAUAGGCCAUACUUGCAUAUGAAAGUUCCUCGAUACAGUUUUCAGGGUCAAUACCUGCCAAGUUUGAGCAUAAACUACGUCGCCAUAAACAAACAUUUGGAAAAAUUGCCACCACAGUUGUAUUAGAUAAAGAUGAAAAUUUGUCAUAAUCAGGGUUGCAAUGACAUCAGAGUUGUCAUAGCAACGAAAUGACGCCAUUACCUAUUACACUUGCAGCAUUAUUUCUCACUAUGAAAUCGUUCACCGGAGUUUUUUCCUCCAAUAGUCGCCUUGAUGUUCGUGAAGUUAAAAUGGAAUUUGUAAGAGCGUUAUCGGGAUAUUUUGCGAUAAAGUUUGUAUGUGUAAUCAAAUGGUGACGAGUGAAAUUAGGGAAUAAUUUCACGCGCGUUUUGUACAAAUCCUAAAAGGCUCGGGAAAUUAUAAGGAUUUGGACAAAACGCGCGUGAAGUUAUUCCCUAAUUUCACGAGUAUACCAUUUGAUUUCCUAUUAAUAUCACGGGUGACGAAUUACGUUAGCAACCGAGGAUUUUUGACUUGUUUACCUGGAUCGUAUCGAUCGAUCGUGAACUCCACUCUCAAACGUUUAGAGCUAAAAUUUGGCUUAAGUUUUCAGAAUUUUUCCACAACAUGCCUCUAAGAAUCCUUCUUGAUGUGCUCUUUCGCGUGUUCAGGUUUUCUAACGCGUCUUUUUAUGCCCUGUCAUCUUCAUUCAUGACAUUUUAAAACUUCGUCGCCAUCUUGAAACGGAGACGUACGGCAGGUUGCCAUGGCAAUUUAGUAAUUUCACAUGUGAAAUUACAAAUUAACGCUGAAAUUUCGCGCCAAAAUUAAGGAGUAAUUCGUUACCUAUGAUAUUAUUGUAGUUAGAAAUACAGUAAAAAAAGGAAAAUCUUAAUGUUUAGCAGUUAUCUGUAGAAGCGCUUUUGACAUGCAAUUUCUCCUCAUUAGUAGCUUCAAUCUUUUUAAAAAUGUGUAUGAAUUAUUUGAGAGAUAAUUCUGGUCAAUUGCUACAAAGAAGGAUUUCAUUAGUAUGUAUCAUGGCCCUCUUGUUAGCGGUUUUGUAAACAGUUCGGUCUAAUUUAACAAAUAAGUGAAUAAUUUGAAUCAUUUGAUAUAUUUUUUGAAAAAAAUUAAGAUUCUUCUGGUAAUUCAAAGUGAGAAUUAGUCAGCCACUUCCUCACUUUCUGAUCGAUCGCUGGUGCUAUCUGCCAUACACUGUUCUACAAGCGGAGAUGAUUCUAGAAAGUUAGGCGGAAGUUCAUUCCAAUAAAUUCACGAUUGGAAAUAGCCCAUUGCAGUACAGUGCCCAACGAUAAAGAAAAACUCAGUAUACGAUACCCUUCCCUUAUAAACAGAAACUCAUCACGUGCUUGGCAACCACUGUCUCGUGUGAAUGUAACUGGAUUAUUACGCCGACUUCGGGUUAAAAUAGAAAAUAUUUAUCUCUUCAAAAUACUAAUAACAUGAAAACGUCUUUAAAAGCUGGCUUUGCCCAAAUUUUCUCAUGCUGCCCAAAAAAUCUGAGUUGCCCAAAAUUUGGGGGGUCUGCAGCCCCCCUCGCCCCCCCGGCCCGGACGCCUAUGUUUAGAGCAGCUUAGAGUCUCUGCUUUUAGGUAAUUUAUCAAAGGAGCACAGCAAAGGAUAUUUAAGAGCUGUGCACCUGACCUUUAUAACUUAAUAUGGGGAUAAGAUCCGUGAUAACUGAUGCAGUUUCAUCUCAACUGCACUUUGUUAACUAGCGGUGAACUUUGCACCCUAUUAUUAUUUAUAAAUGUUCCUGCUUUCAGUAAACAUUGUCGUCUGCUUUCUUUCACUUCAGUUUUGGCUCAGAAGCAGAUUGAUCUGAAAAGUAUGCUUGGUGUGUAUAUUGUUCUUUUUGGUGGGAUAGUCUUAGCAUUCAUCACACUAAUAGCCGAGAUAUACUGGGAGAGAAGAAUAAGGAGAAGAGUUCUUGACACACUUCGAAGGUAA